AUGGCCUACAUUCGACAAAAAGAUCUUCCGAACCUCAAGAAAUACAGAUACUCGGGCGUCGAUCAUUCUCUUAUUUCCUAUUAUAUAUUAAAGCCAUUUUAUACCAAGUUUGUAAUACGAUGCUUUCCCAUGGGUAUGGCGCCGAAUUUGAUCACCCUUUCAGGAUUCGGGUUUAUAAUUAUAAACGUUAUGACACUUCUUUGGUACAACCCAACGCUGGAUCAAGAUUGUCCACCAUGGGUCUAUGCUAGUUGGGCUGUGGGGCUAUUUCUAUAUCAAACUUUUGAUGCUGUUGAUGGAGCGCAGGCACGGCGAACUCAGCAAAGUGGUCCACUUGGAGAAUUAUUUGAUCACGGAGUUGAUGCCGUGAAUACCUCUCUUGGGGUACUUAUUUUUGCAGCUUCCAUGAAUCUGGGAAUGGGAUGGCUAACAGUUACAUCUCUCUUUGGGUCGCUUUCCACGUUUUACGUCCAAACUUGGGAUGAAUACCACACAAAGACUCUUACACUUGGCCUUAUAAAUGGACCAGUAGAAGGAGUGUUGCUUCUGAUAGCAAUAUACAUUAUUACUGCCAUAAAAGGGGGUGCCAGUCUCUGGCAGCAGUCAAUGCUCCGAACUCUAGGGAUACAGGAGCACGCUUUUAUCCCAAGCUUUAUCUACGAGCUAGCUUUUAACGAGAUUAAUAUCUUGCAAGGUAGUUUAGUUCUCUUCAUAAACAUUUUCCAAUCCUCUCGAAAUGUCAUCAAGGCACGACAUCUCCGUGGUGAGAAUGCUCGUGGUGCCCUACUUGGCUUACUGCCCUUACUUAUAACAUGGAUGCUUAUUACGGCUUAUCUUCGCCUUAAUCCAGAGAUAUUAUAUAAUCACCUCGUACCCUUUAUAAUUUUUGUGGGGUUGAUGAACGCCUAUUCAGUUGGGCAGAUAAUCACCGCACACCUAGCGCAGAUGCCUUUUCCGUACUUCAACAUCCUUGUUCUGCCUCUUGCCUUUGGAGUCUAUGAUUCCUUAGGACCAAUUUUACAUAACAAAUUCGGGAUGGGCUGGCCAAGCAUUCUUGAAACGACCUCUUAUCAGACCUCAUAUUGUUUAUGCAUGGUAGGUUUCGCUCUCGGUAUCUACGGAAGCUUUGUAGUUGAUGUCAUCGUAACUAUAUGUGACUACCUAGAUAUCUGGUGUCUAACUAUUAAGUAUCCACGGGAAAAGGAACCUUUAGCGUUUAUAUCAAAGAAAAACACUUGA